GGCUCCGGAAGCUGCAGGCACUGGUCAACCGGACAGACACAACGCGGUUCUGAGGCCUUUUUGCCUCCGUCCCAUAUCCUUUUAAAUGUGAGCCGGCUGUCUUGGGCGACAGGCAACUGCAAACGUGCCUGUUGAGUUUUCCAUUCCAUCCCCAUUCCCACCAUGGCCGGCAAAGAGGGAGACCGCCCGAACUCUGCCUUCCCACGCGAGCAGUUGAACAAGGACCUCCAAAAGCUGGUCGACAAGCAAGAUGACUGGAUGGAUAGCUUUUACGAAGGAGAAGGGCCCGACACGACCGAAACGAGCAUGCGAUACGCCGCAUAUGCAAACCGGCUGCGCACCAUCAUGUUGAGCGCCCAUCGAUAUGUUGCGUACACCUCAGACAUUGGCGAGUCCUUCCGUCCAGUCGCGCACCCCAUACUCGUUAGAAGCGCGUACGCGGUCUCAUGGGCAUAUGUGCUGGGUGACGUUGGGCAUGAGGGGUGGAAGGCAUAUAAGAGGAAUCAGAAGCUGCUACAUCCUCAAGCAGAAGAGGACUCCGACGAAAAACCGAAGGAACCCAUGGGCAAGGUCGAUGCUGAUACACCGCAACAUCCUGUCCACAUCCCUGCGAUUGAAGACUAUCGGGCCGUGAUGGCUCAGCGAGCCGUUUUCCAGAGUCUGGCGUCGAUGGGAUUACCGGCGUUUACGAUUCACUCGAUCGUGAAGUAUUCUGGGAAAGCACUUAAGAGUGCAGCAAAUCCUGCCAUAAGAACCUGGGCCCCGAUUGGACUCGGCCUCGCAGUGGUUCCGGCAUUGCCAUAUCUCUUUGACAAACCUGUGGAGGAGGCUGUCGAGUGGACCUUCUACCAAGCGUUCCGGUCCAUUGGCGGAGAAAACGCAGUCGGCAACAGACACAGUACAGGUAGAAAGGAAGCCUUGCAAGCUGAAGCAAAGAUCCUCAAGGAAAAGAAGGACUUAUGAAGGCGCACCCCAGAUUCAUUGGGAGGAGUUCUCUGGUCAUAAAAGGCCCUUGUACACACUCGACUUUGCCUUGGAUAUAAACUAUUUCCACUCGAUUUGUCCACCCUCGUAUGGCAUGAAGCUGCCGAGGGUUGUUGCGAAAGCACUAUGGAUCGUCUACAAGCCGGCUGACGAGGAGGUCAAACGGGUGCGAAGUCUAGCCCGCAUAUCUGGCGGGAAAUAUAUUUCUACUCAGCCUGACAGUGGCGUUCAAUUCCUACAUUCUUCUACUAGGUACUGA